AUGCCUCAGGUAUCUCCUACCAGAAUUACUGUAGGAGUUUCCGAGGAUCGCGAUGUUCCAAUUCGCAAAAAGAACAUUCAUUUUCAGUGGGAGUUUCCCCGUUGUCUUACUAGCAUUUGCGACUCGGAUCAAUCAGAAGAUGAGGAAGACAUGGCGGAAUUCCAUCAAGAAUUUCGCGAUCGUUUGGAGGAAGCCGAUAUUCUAACAAGAAAAAUGUCCAAAGAGGAAUACAUCGAAUUUGCCGAGUGUCGACAGGCCUCUUUUACAUACAAAAAGGCAAAAAAAUUCAAAGAUUGGCUUGGAUUCCACGAGCGCUAUAAGCCCUCUGAUGAUCUUCUAGAUAUUGUCGGCUUUUUGCUUUGGGAAUUCUUGCGAAAGCUUACCAUUGAGGCUCUUGCCCUUAGAAAUAGACGACGGAAAGAAAGCCAGCCCCACCCAACACAGAAUUCGACCUUAUCUAUUGCUGAAACAUUUUCCCGCUAUUCAGAUGUACAACUGGACUCUUUGAGGGCGAACAGUCUUUUUUAUGCGCCUUCGGAAAAGUGCCCUCUAACUCCAGAGUUGAUGAAGGAGGCGUUUUCUAACCUUUCCCAUUUAAGAGUUUUUUGA